AUGGGCACCUCCGAGUCGCCCACCAUCUUUUUCCCCUUCGUAGGCAUCUUCGGCGGCCUCGCGGAGUUCAUUGCCAGCCUGGACGCUUCAACUUUCAAGGCGCUGGAUACCAUCAUCGACACCAUGUGGGGUGCCUUCUGGAUCAGCCGCGGGCGCACUCAGUCCACACGCACUUGCCAGAGCUGGCAAGCUGUUUCGUUGUGCUGUGUCGUCACGUGGCACUGCGCGCUGGCGGCCACAGCCCGCGAACUCGUCCUCUGCGCGUGCAUGAUCUCGCUGGCCAUCGACAGCACCAUCGCCUGCUGCCAGUUCGCUUACAACAGCGGCACAGGGUCGGCCUCCGGGGACGGGCUACACGGUGGCGUCACUCGCGGCAUCAAGGCGGCCAGCUACUUCUGGAUGUUCUCCGCCUUGUGCGCGUGGUGCAGGUCACGGUGUACCUCGUUGAAGAAGCGUAUGGCACCGGUCAUGCCAUUAUAA